UCCCCCCCCCCCCCCACACACACAGGGACACCCCCUAGGCCGAGCACCAGCUGAAGAGGAGGACGAAAAAUGUACUCUGACUGUGAGCUGCGUCUCACCAGAAGAGGUCCUGCCUCAGAUCUCCUCCCUCAGACUGGUUGAGACGCUCCGGUUGUGUUUUGAUACUUUUCUCUUGAGUUUUUUUUUUUACUCAUCCUCACUGGAGUGAGAGAGUGAAGACAUUUUGAAGACCCAGAGGUUUUUGCUGUGGGAGCACCGUUACUUGGAGUAGCUGCUAAUAGACGGAGACCUCCAGUCUUUCUUUGUCUUCCCCUGUCUGUGGUGUUUGUGGUGUGUGUGUGAGUGCUUGUCGGUUGGCAUCGGUGAGAGCCGUCUCCCUUCCCUCCGUCAGGAUGUUUGCAGUUCAGCUGCUACUGGUCCCGCUGGCGCUGUGGGCUCUGCAAGCGUCUCUAUGCCAUGGAGCGUGUGUGGAGGUGGACUCUGACACUGACGCAGUGGUCAAUGAAGGCUUUAAGCUGGGCUGUAUCUCCUGUAAGAUGAGGGGCGAGGUGCCCGCCGAGGCCACUGUUGAAUGGUCCUUCAUGCCCAAAGGGGAGAGCGAGUUCACAAAAAUCUACAGCUACGAGGACCUAAUGAGCGACAUUCCGGACGAGCGCUUCUACGAGCGUCUGGACUGGAACGGCAGCAAGAAGACCAAGGACCUGCAGGACGGCUCCAUCUACAUCCUGAACGUGACGUGGAACGACACGGGUACCUACCGCUGCAUCUUCAACCGCACCCUCACCUUCACCUCCUACGAGUUCCACACCAACGCCACCAAGAUCGUCCAGCUCAACGUGGUGCCAAGACUGACCAGGGGGAUAGCGUCCAUCUUGUCUGAGGUGAUGAUGUAUGUCACCAUCAUUGGGCUGCAGGUAUGGCUGGUGGUAGAGAUGAUUUACUGCUACAGGAAGAUAUCAGCACAAGGCGAGGAAGCAUUGAGAGAGAGCGCGGCGGAGUACUUAGCUAUCGCUUCGGAAAGUAAAGAGAACUGUGCAAUGGUGGCAGUGACAGAAUAGCACUGGUUAAAGAAUGGCUCCAAACGACGAAUAGCUCUCGAUAGCUCUUCGACACUUCUCCACUUCACCCCUUCUUCCAGACUUCCAUCAUGACACCAUCUCAUUACCCCAUCCAAGAGGAGCAGCCAAGAGGCUUGUCC